UGCGCAUCAGUCACGAUGAUUUUCAUAAACACCCAUUAUAAAAAAAUAGACAAGAAAAAGUGAGAAAAAUUAUAUGUUAUCAUUUUUUCUCUAUCGUUAGUUGCCUUCCGAAUCGAAGAUUUUUUCGUUAAUUCUUACCAAACGCAAAUUUUGAGCCAUCAGAUAAGAAAUGCAUAAAAAAGAAAAAUGAAAAUGCAUAGCUAAAAAUAAAAAGGAAGAAUUUUUUUGUUCCGACCUUGACACGCGAGACGAUGCUGUCUGGGAGAAUAUGGGGGAAAUCCCCCUGGAAACGUGCCAAUCUGGAAAAAUGCCAAAACACAUGAACUUCCUAGUAGAAAAGAGAAUUUCAUAAAAGGUUUGAUGGAUGAAGAGAACUUGUUCUUGUGAAAAGUAAUUUGGAUAAUAAAGAGAGAGAAAUCUGAUGAAUUCUAUUGCGCGAUAAACAACUUUACAGGCCUCAUAAAUGAGCGUCGAGUGUCAGACUCGUACAUUCAUCCAAUCAUCAAACAAUCCGGCUGAUUUAAGCUUCAAUAUGGCUCCCCUAGGAGACAUGCAACAGGACAUGCAGAAGCACUCAGAAAGUGUGAUAUACCAUCCCCAUUCAGCAAAGAAUUGUCAAAGUACACCUGUAUCGAGUCCCAUGACUUCCAUGGGAUCGGGAUCCUCCCCUCGAUACACGGAAGAUCCCAUGAGUAUGGAAGACAAUCUCGAUCCUGCACCGAUUGAUUUGUCUUCGGAUGACAGCUGUUUAUAUUCAGAAGAUGAAAUGCAAAACAUGUCAUCGAAUCCCUUGAACGAGUUGCAAAAUUCUCUGGACAAAAACGGAUUUUUAGGGCAAAGCCUGUCUGCGAGGCCCAAUGGAACAAACGGCCGUGGGGAUUCUGCAGAAGAUUCUGAUUCGAUGAACAAAGGGGUCGAAACCCUAGAGUGUCACCUGUGUAAUUUUCAAGCUGUUUCUCCCGAAGAAUACAGUCAUCACAUCGAUGGUCAUUUUGACCACAAAUGCCCGAUUUGUGAUUACACGUCACGAACUGAGGGACGCUUGAACAGGCAUAUUCAGGAUUUCCAUUCGGAAGUGCCUCCGGAAAGCUGGGCUGGAAAAAAGAAGCCCAACCAAGUCAGAGACGAUAAACCCGAAAACUCGAGUUCAUCCUCUCCUGCCUCGCAAAAAGCAAAAAUAAACAGAUGCAAACAAUGCAACUUCAGCUGCGAUAAUAAACCCGAGUAUUAUAAGCAUUUGCAGGAAGUUCACAUGAAGAAAGAUAAAAUCUUGCAAUGUCCCAAUUGCUGCUUCGUUACAGAGUACAAACAUCACUUCGAAUAUCAUCUUCGUAACCACGUUGGAUCGAAACCCUUCAGAUGCGACAAAUGCAAUUAUAGUUGUGUGAACAAAUCGAUGUUGAACAGCCACGAAAAAUCUCAUUCCAAGAUUUAUCCAUAUCGCUGUGCUAAUUGCAAGUACGCGACUAAAUACUGCCACAGUUUGAAGAUGCACCUCCGAAAAUACGGCCACAGUCAGGGACAGAUUCUCAAUCCAGAUGGCACCCCGAACCAUAAUCCGAUAAUUGAUGUGCAUGGUAGAAGAAGGGGUCCCAAAGGAAAAUCGGGCGGCAAAAAUAAACAAAAGUGUUUAACCUACAGCGAUAUUCCUUCUCCAAACAUUUGCAAUGCAAAAACCGAGAUGUCCACGCAACCGUUUCUAUAUCCAACACCUCAUUUCCCUCCUAAAACCUUUUCUUCCAUGCUUAUGGGACCCACUUCUUUGGACUUACAAAUUCCUUCGUUUUCGGUGUGGCCGAGACCUUUCAAGUGUCACUACUGCGAUUUCAUGACAGAGUCCCUCGAUCUUUACCAACAACAUGCUGUAGCCCAUGCCGUUAAAGAGAAUUCUGAUUUGAUGCGCACCUGCAACAUCAAUCCGGACAUAUUUCAUUUGCAAGCUCAGCAUCUGACCUUUAAUAACUAUCCUCAAAAUUCCAUACACCAUGUUGACGAAGUCUCUAGGUCAAUGCAUAAAAAUGAAAUUGAAAAAAAGAUCGUGUGCAGCACUGCUUCGGAGAACACUCGAAGUCAUUCAAUUCAUAGCGAAAACGCAAUAAUAUCCACUGGCAACAGCAUUUAUUCAUCCUCCGCAGAGAAUAAAAUUCCACUUACAAAUUCCGUUCCUCAGAUUCCUGAUUCCAAAACAUAUUCUCCGGUGAGCAAAAGCUCGGAUGGAACAAAAAAUAUUUCAGAUAAUCACAAACCAUCCUCGGAUUAUCCUGAGAUCCUUCCUAGAUAUUCACCUCCUGCUCGUCAUACUUCGCCGGUGCAUUUUUCUACUUACAAUGAAAAUGGAAAUAACCAUACAUCAAGCGACAAACAAAGCCUAACUUCACCCCAAGAAGCCCUUUCCAUCUCAGAAUGCUCACCCAAGUCGAGUUCCUUUAAUUCUGACGAGAACGCUAGAAACUCGUUUGAGUGCCAAAAUGAGGAGCAUUCCCCAUUGGAUUUAAGUGGACCUAAAAUCUCUGAGCCCAUAUCCCGAGGAGUCAAAAUCGAGCAUCACACUGCAAAGAGGAAACUUUCACCCAAUGAUGUCGCUUCUACAAAUCAGGACAGCCAAUCGAGGAACAGACGAAAAGGAAAAGCUUUUAAACUCGACCACUACAUCCAGUGCGAAGAUUCGCCCAUCAAAACCGAUCUGGAUGCUGCAUCCGAUUUCAAAUGCUUCGUAGGCUCUGAAGACACUGCUAAAAGAGAAGCGAGUCAACUUUUAGACUCAACCGGAAAUCGUCCCAAAGAAACUACGCCAGAGGAGACACCAAAGCAGUACAUGCAGAAUUUUAAUCAACCACCGAAAACCACGGCCUCUUCGAAAUCUUUGGAAAAAGAAAAACUAGUCUCCACUGCGUCUUCAUUGUCCACUCAACGACCCCUCUCCCCCGAGUUCACCAUCAAUCACAACAACAAUCUAGAUUCCUCUAAUGAAUCUGAUUCAAAUAUACAAUCGGAAGUGCCAAAAGUGGAAUCUGACGAGGCGAAUUUCAAAUCGACAAACGGCUAUGCGUGUAAAUACUGUGAAACGACAUUCAUGGAUUGUGCCAUGUACACCAUGCAUAUGGGAUACCAUGGACUAGGUCACCCAUACAGGUGCAACACGUGUGGCAGCGUUUGCCAAGACAAAGUUGAAUUCUUUCUUCACCUCAUUCGUGUUGCGCACACGUGAGCAAGACGAACCUUUCAUUAUAAAAACAAUUACCUCUUGGCAGUGUCAUCGGAUAUAAAGUUCCUUAAAUUAUUAACAAGCAUAUCCAUGUUGUGAUAUCUACUUAUAUAUAUUAGAUCUGCAUUGGUAAGAGCGUGUAUUUUUAGAACUAUUUAAAUGCUAUAAACAAAACAAAAAAAAACUGUUACCCUGGCUGAUCCCGAACUGAUUCCGUUGUGAUUGCAGUCAAGCAAAAAACUACUUUGUCGAUUACAACACAAAAAAAAAGUGGGAACUGUUAAGCAAAGACAAUGCAGAUCUUCCGAUAGGAACUAUUUUGUAGACACAGAUCUUAUUCUGUUGCUUUAAAUGUUCGAAAAAUCUUAAUUGUUAAAACACUUUGGUUCAUUUAAAUUAUUUUACAACUCGAUACUGUUAAACACGGUGUUUGAAUGCUAGUCAUGUAGUCCUGUGUGGAAGCAAUAUUCAUAGCAAAUAGUGUGAAACAAAAACAAACAACAACAAAAAAUCAAAAUUUAGGGGGUGAUCCCCUAUUGUGUUGUGGAUUGAUUUGCUAUUUAUAUGUGAUAUAUAUAUAUAUCUAUAUAUGUUUGAAAUAAGUGUAAGAUUUUUCUCUUCAAGUCGAAAUUCAUAACAUUUUUGAAAAAUACCUAAAAUUGUUAUUGGAGAUUAUUUUUUUCCUUUUCAUUUGUGAAAUCUUAUGCAUUCAAAACUUAGUGCAAAAUAUAUUUCGCUAGUCAUACUGUUUUGUUUAAAAAUUCAUCACCUGUCACAAUCAAAUACAUGAUAACAUCUAGUUUUAAUUUCAUACUGAAUUCAUAGUUUUAAUGGUAAUUCUCCGUUACCAUGUAUUGUACCACUUUUUUUUCUUCGAAUUAGAUCAAGCGUCAGAACGGUUGCCAAAUUGUGACGACAACUGACUAGCGAGAAACCAAAAAGAACGCAUAUGGAAGUUCAAAGAGCCACUUUCCCCAUUCCAUACAGUGACUUGCUCGGAAUUGUGCUUAUUGCAAAAAUUUCACCCUUUCAUAGUUUGUUUCGUUCUGAUAUUAUUAUUUUAGUUUUUGCAUACCCUUCAUCAUAACCUGAUUAUUGUCUAGGAUUCUGAAAUUCCACAAAAUUUGGUAAAAUACCAUCACAAUAAUAGCUAUUUUAUUUUAAAUCUGAUCCUUAAUUUAAAUUUGAAAGAAAAAAAUUCCUCAAAAAUUUUAGG